AUGAAACUACUCCAAAUUGCAAUGGACGAACGUCAAAAGGUACUUUGCAAUGCUGGCGCAAAUCAGGCUUUAGAAAACGGUGAAGAUGGCCGCACAACAUCGAAUAGUGGCACAAUCGGGCCAUUACCCAAUCUGGGACAGAGCGUUAAGCCGCCUUGGGAACGAGCAACGACAGCAGCCAAUGUGCCUUACUACAUUGAUCACGAACGCGAAACCACCCACUGGGAUCAUCCAGAAAUGAUAGAACUAAUGAAGAGCUUAGCCGAUCUUAACGAAAUACGUUUCUCAGCCUAUCGUACUGCGAUGAAAUUGCGCGCUGUGCAAAAGCGUUUAG